ACAGACCGGUGGUGUUCGAAGAUUUAAGGCCAAAACUUGACCAGGUAAUACUGGACUACAACUAAUUAGGUCGACUUCUGUGCGUAAAUACGCACCUGGAUCUCACGCUUCUGCUCGGAAUUUGGAUCACAGACUCAAUAUGAACCCCCUGAAUUUCUGCGGGGCACCCAGCAGUGCAGCGUACCCCCUCCAUGGUGUUAACUCCAUGCUGUUUGAGCUGCCCCAGCAGAUGGCGGAGCAGUACCACGCUUACUCUACAGCAGGCCCCACAGUGCACAGCCUGACUGUGGCCGAGAGACUGGCAGAGCUGAUUCUGGAGGCUCGUUAUGGGAACCAGCAGAAGCAGCGCCGCAGCCGCACGGCAUUCACAGUGUCCCAGCUGCAGGCUCUGGAGAAAGCCUUCCAGCAGACACAGUACCCAGACGUUGGCAUGAGAGAGAGGCUGGCCAUCUGCAUCAACUUGCCUGAGGCUCGCAUUCAGGUGUGGUUCAAGAACAGGAGGGCAAAGUUCCGCAAAGGUCAGAGGUGCUCCCCACUCUCCAGAGACCACAAUCUGGAAGAGGCUCCACAUUGCAGCAAGGUGGAACAAGAGGAAGCCAAGACUGAAGACAAAAAGGACAUCAUCAUAUCACACACUGACAGAAACAUUCCACUCCAGCCUGCUAUGGUUAAAAGUGGGGAUGUUUUCCCCCCUCUCACCCCUGCAGACUCUGAUGUGUCACUAUACCCCCUCCGAUUACACUCUCCUCCACUCUUCCCCUUCAUGACAAGGGAGUGCUACAGCCGCCCACUUCACCAGUCCACAAGGAUAGCGCUAUCUACUGAAUUUGCCCUCCCCCCGGUGUUUUGGCCCAUCAUACAGCAGCACAGCUCCGCCCUAGGGGUUCCUUCAUCAUUAGUUACUAAAAACUGUAGUCUCUCACUUCAGACUGCCUGUUCCAGUGAAGCUGUGCCUCACCCUCACCUGGGGCUGUAACUGAUGUGGACGUACAGGCUCCAUCUGACACAUGCAGCCUGAGAUAUCUGCUCCUUGUGGAGUCACAAGUGAAGACAGGAUAACAAGGUAGAGAAGCAUCUACUGUACUGCCUUGCUCCUGUAAACCUGAGUACAGACAGUGCACAGAGCAUGAAUUUUUAUUUUUUGAGUUUAACUAAAUGCCUGUAUGUCUAAAUGGAUUUAAGCUGUGCUGUGACAUCCACACAGAGGUUUUAUUCUUUUAGUAGAUAACAUCUAAGUUUGGCUUUGAUUUAAUCAACAUCCACAAGGUGGUUUUUGUUUUUCAGUGGUAUGAGUUUGUUUGAAGGAGGCAUUUUGGUUCCAGACAACAAGCAGUGUAAUCACCACAUUAAAAAGCUAUUGUAUCUUUCAGCAUUAUUUAGGUGGCUAUGCUGCAAGGUAGCAUUUCAGAGGAGCUCCUUAUUGUAAUAAGCAC